CUUUAACAUGGCAGGCGCGCUGCGUGUCUAGCUAGGUUGCCGGCGUGCAGUUGGAAGGAGCUUCUAAGUUGUGUGUACUGAGGACACCAUGAGAAAUCUAAAGUUACUGAGAACGCGGGAAUGCCAGCCAGUCCGAGCUCUUGGAACUCCUCAAGGUUUCUCUCUCCGUGCAGACAGGGGGACACUAUUAAUCAGCACAGAAUAUGGAGUUGUGGAACUGGAUCCUGUCACACAAGAGGUUGCAAAUGAAGUUGUUUUGACAGCAGAGGGUUUCCUACCAGAAGAUGGAAGUGGGUGCAUUGUGGGCAUUGAGGACUUGCCAGAACAAGAGUCUGUCUGUGUGGCUACAGCAGCUGGAGAUGUUAUACUGUGCAAUCUGAACACAAACCAGCUGGAAUGUGUCGGGAGUGUGGACAGUGGACUAACUGUAAUGAGCUGGAGUCCUGACCAAGAGCUCAUUCUCCUUGCUACAGGUGAACAGACUCUCAUUCUGAUGACGAGAGACUUUGAACCAAUUACGGAAAAACAGAUCCACCAAGACGAUUUCGGAGAAGGAAAGUUCAUUACUGUUGGUUGGGGUAAAAAGGAAACACAGUUCCAUGGAUCAGAAGGCAAGCAGGCUGCUCACACCAAGCUAAUGGAAGUGUUGCCUGCUCUGUCUUGGGAUGACCGUAGACCUCGGAUUACCUGGAGAGGAGAUGGACAGUAUUUUGCAGUGAGUGCUAUCUGCCCAGAGACAGGGGCUCGGAAAGUGAGAGUGUGGAGCAGAGAGCUGACCCUGCAGAGUACAAGCGAGCCUGUCCCAGGAUUAGAACAAGCCCUGGCCUGGAAGCCCUCUGGAAGCUUGAUUGCAUCCACACAAGAUAAAGCCAACAAACAUGAUGUUGUAUUCUUUGAAAAAAAUGGACUCCUCCAUGGUGAAUUUACACUUCCCUUUCAGAAAGGCCAAACCAAGGUAAAUGAGCUGCUCUGGAAUUCAGAUUCUACAAUAUUGGCUGUAUGGUUGGAGGAACUGAAAAGUGAGAAUAAUUCUGAACCAAAGACGUAUGUUCAGCUGUGGACGACAGGGAACUAUCACUGGUACCUGAAGCAAAGCCUGCGUUUUGGUAGCUCAGAGGGUAGCCAAACUCUCGUGUCCCUGGCGUGGGAUCAGGAGGUUCCCUAUCGACUUCACAUCCUCUGCCAACAGUGGCUUUAUCUCUGCUACGACUGGCACUGGAGUACUGACCGCAGCACUGGAGAAGGGGCAAGUGACCUGGCAAGCGUGGCAGUCAUCGAUGGAGACAAGGUGCUGUUGACAGCCUUUCGGCACGCCGUGGUCCCCCCACCUCUGUGUACGUACCAGCUCCAGCUCCCCUGCGCUAUCAAUCAAGUUGCCUUCCCUAUAGAGCCUUCUAGAAGUGGGGAUCUCGCUGUCCUGGAUGCUAGUAACAGGAUUUCCAUUUAUAGAUCUGAUGGCCACACAGAUGCAGACUCCACGGUUAAAAUCGGUGCAGUUGGUGAAAGCAGGCCUAAAGGUUCAGCUGCAGUCCCUCGGCUAGAGAAGACAUACAGAAUUGACUUUAGCGAUGAAAAAGAAGAGAGGAAUCCACUCUGGCUUCGCCUUAUCACCUGGUUGGAAGAUGGCCUGUUCCUAGGUGUUAGCCAGGGCUACCUCCCAGCUCACACUGUCAUUCACCAUCUGAGUCUAGCCUCAUCAGCGGAAGAUGGACGUGUUGAUAUCUGCUCACCUGUGACAGUGGACGGAGAUGUAAUUAGCCUAUGUUGCUACCCAAAGAGCAAAGUAGUGGCUCUGCAACUUUCUGAUGGUCAAAUAAUGAAGUAUCUCUGGGGAGCUGAAACACCAGUUGUCACCCCUUGGCUAAACACCAGUGGUUCAGCUCUCCGGUUUCCCUCUCCAUGUAUGCAGACUGCAUUAGCUGUGCUUGGUGAUGAAGAAACCAUCUUUGGCCUGACUGACAGAUGCCGUUUUUUUAUUAAUGACAUUGAGGUUGCUUCAAAUAUCACAUCCUUUGCAAUCCAUGAUGAGUUUCUGCUGUUGACCACACACGCUCAUACCUGCCAGUGCCUGUCUCUGAAGAACACAUCCCUGAAAGCUUUACAGUCGGGUUUGGGCAGCAGUUCGGUCCCCAAUAGUGAGAUGCUGCGCAAGAUUGAGAGAGGAUCCCGGAUAGUCACGAUUGUGCCGCAGGAUACAAAGCUAAUAUUGCAGGUGCCAAGAGGAAACUUAGAGGCCAUUCAUCAUCGAGCCCUUGUGUUGGCCCAAGUUCGCAAGUGGCUGGACCGCCUCCAGUUUAAAGAAGCAUUUGAAUGUAUGAGGAAGCUGCGAAUCAAUCUCAACCUCAUUUAUGACCACAAUCCAAAGGUUUUUCUGGAAAAUGUGGAAACAUUCAUAAAACAAAUUGAUUGUGUGAAUUAUAUCAACUUGUUUCUCACAGAGCUGAAAGAAGAAGAUUUCACAAAGACCAUGUACCCACCUCUGUAUCCUGCCACUGCCUGUGAGCUGCACAGUUCUGAUAGUAAAAAGGUUGACCUCAUCUGUGAGGCUAUGAGAACAGCCAUGGAGAACAUCAAUGCUUCUAAAUACUGCUUGUCCAUACUGACCUCUUAUGUGAAAAAGAGUCCCCCAGAACUGGAAACUGCCCUACAGAGAAUUCGUGAACUUCGAGAGCAAGCAUCAGUAACCGUCGGGUCCGUCAGUGCAGAAGAAGCUCUGAAAUACUUGCUGUACCUGGUGGAUGUCAGUGAAUUGUACGAUCAUUCGCUGGGGACAUACGAUUUUGAUUUGGUCAUCAUGGUUGCUGAGAAAUCUCAGAAGGAUCCAAAGGAAUAUCUCCCCUUUUUAAACACGCUUAAGAAAAUGCAAAUCAAUUACCAACGAUACUCUAUAGACAAAUAUUUGAAGAGGUAUCCGAAGGCUCUCCACCAUCUCAGUAAAUGCGGGCUGGAGCAUUUUUCAGAGUUCCUGAACUUGGUAGUGGAUCAGAACUUGUAUAACGAAGCCCUGAAACUGUAUCCGCCAAACACUCAGGAGUACAAGACUGUCAGCUAUGCCUACGGGGAAUAUUUGAUCCAGAAGCAUCUGCCUGAGCAAGCGGGCCUGAUUUUCUUUCGCUGCGGUGCGUUUGAGAAAGCUCUGAAUGCCUUCCUGAUCAGUGGCAGCUGGCAGCAGGCCCUUUGUACAGCAACUGAGCUUUAUUACACAGAGGAUAAGCUGGCCAACCUGGCAAGGAGCAUGGCGCGGAGAUUUAUUGAAAAAAGGAAGUAUGUUGACGCAGCAAUACUCUUGGAACAAUAUGCGAAGGAUUACGAAGAGGCUGUUCUGCUCCUCCUGGAAGGAGCUGCCUGGGACGAAGCCUUGAGAUUAAUCUACAAAUAUAAUAGGACUGAUAUUCUAGAGACCAACUUCAGACCAUCUCUCCUAGAAGCCCAUAAAAACCAUUUGGCAUUCUUGGAGAGCCAGAAAGCAGCAUUUGAUCACCACCGUAAGCGCCUCUCUGUGGUCCGAGAGCUGAAGCAGCAGGCCCAAAGUGAGCUGCUAGAUUUCGACAGAUCAAAUUGCCCAGAAUCCGACCUCUUUUCUGAUGCUAGCAGCAUGGUUACGGCUAGCGACACAAGUUCCAAAUACACUCAUAGUAACUCAAGAAUAUCUGCACGUUCUUCAAAGAACCGCCGCAAAGCAGAGCGCAAGAAACACAGCCUAAAAGAAGGGAGCCCCCUAGAGGAUGUUGCACUCCUGGAAGUGUUAGGGGAAAUCGUUCGGAGUAUUGACAGUCUAAAAGGUGAGGUACACAGCCUUUUAAAGUAUCUAGUCCUUUUGGGCUAUGACGGACAAGCCCAGGAGUUGCAGCAAAGUUUUGAGGAGACCCUUCAAUUGAUGGAGCACUCCCUCCCUGAAAUCUGGAGCCCAGACCUGCAGCAGAUCCCAGCCAAACCAGUCCUGGGUCCCAAUUCAACUGCCAAUAGCAUAACUGCCGCCUACAAUCAACAGAAAGCGACGGCCCCUGUAGUACAAGAUCCUGAGUUCUUUAUACCUCCCAAGCUCAACAGAAACAUCCAAUGGAAGUUGCACCUUCUUCCGUAAUUCAGACUCCACAUCUGUUGAUGGACUGAGGAUUUAUAUAAGAAAAUGUUUCCUGUCACGUUGAAAUGUGUGUCUUCCCCAUGUCUUGCAGUUAACUGAUCAUGUGUCCUGAACUGACAAGGGAUGGGCAGGUGAAAACCAGUCUUAUUAUAUAAGUUUGAGUAUGGCCGUCCUUACUUUCUCCUCUUUUCGCCCAGUAUUGUCAGGAUAACUAGAAAAAGCUCGUAAGCAUAUAAGCUGCAAAUCAAACUUAGCAGCUUCAGUUACUUUUACACUUUUUACAUUGACCCUGUUCAGAAGACACCUUAAACCAUGGUGAAUAAAGCAAAAAGCCUUAUUCGCUGUGGUUAAAGCCAUGGUUUAAGGUGUCUUCUGAACAUGGCCUAGCUUUCUGGCUUAACCACCAUGGUUUAAGGUGUCUACUGAACGGGCCCACAGUGUUCCUAAAAACCCACUUUAUCUCCUUGGUCCCUAUUUCACCAGUUGAUAACCCAAAUAAACUUUUAGCACUUUGGUUUUCUGGCUACAUUUUUUUGAGGGCACACAACUCAAACUAAUAUUGGACAUCAAUUACCCUGUGUGGUGAAAGCAAGACGUCCACUGAAUUGUAUAUGUUUUUUUUUUAAUUCUAUCAAGGACUCAAAUUUCAACAAAGUACAGGUAAACCUCCUAUUGAGUAUGAUUAUGUAUUUUCAGACAUUAACCUUGAAAUGCAAUGCUUUUACAAAAUGAGCUUUCUCAAAAUCAAGGGGAAGGGGAGGGAUUAAUAAAGUUUUGUUGUAACUUUU